AUAUUUCAAAUUGAGUACAUAACAUAUUAUAAUAGUUGUAUUUUUAUAAAGUUAUUGCCAACUUAAAAUGUCUUUGGAUUGCAUAUAUAUGAAAAGUGUUGCCAGACGAGGUGUUCUUUAGAAUAUGUAAUGGUUUACAGUACUGGUGAAGAUAAAGCAAGUACUGCCUAAGCUCAAAUGUUAAGAUUAUCAAAAUGCCAUCGGGUAUCAAGUGACUUACAUAGGGCAUAAUCAGCUCGAUUUAAAUAAUAGCGUGUAAAUGACCCUACCAGUUUUUUGCAUUUUUAUUGUUGGUCACACGCCCGUUGAGUAUUGUCAUGCUUAUGUCAGUCAGUCACUCGUCAGUCAAGUCGUCAAAUUGAAAUAGAUUCAUUGAAAUAAUGAGUAUAAUUUGAAAUCCUUAAUGUUUAGGGAAUGUAAAUUACUGUGAUAUAAUUAGGUAAGGCACGAUUAAUUAAUGCCAAAGUGGCCGCUAACUAGUUUAUUUUUUUCUAGAUUAAUUAUAAUGUUAUCGUGCAGUGAAUUAAAUUUAUAACGGGGUUAUUUAUGCUAAGUAUAUUGAAGAUAGCUGCGAUGGCGCGCAUUGUUCACAACGCGGAGGCUCGGUGACGGGCGCUGAGGCGGCAUGGCGGAGGCGGAGGGUGCCGGGCAGCCGGACGCGGUGCUGCUGGCGCCGCUGUCCGAGGACACGUUCUUGCACAAUCUGCACGUGCGCUACAAACGUGACAUCAUAUACACGUACGUGGGCAACGCGCUGGUGUCGGUGAACCCAUGCCGCGCGCUGCCGCUGUACUCGGCGGAGCUGGUGCGCGCGUACCUGGCGCGCCCCCCCUACCAGCUGCCGCCGCAUCUGUACGCCAUAACGGCUACUGCGUACAGGUGGGUGCGCGACAGGAACGAGAGCCAGUGUAUAGUGAUCACAGGAGAGAGCGGCGCCGGCAAGACGGAGGCGGCGCGUGUGUGCCUGCAGUGCGCCGUGGUGGCGGGCGACGGGGGCGCGGGCGGGGGCGCGGCGGCGGGGGGCGCGGCGCCCGCGCUGGCCGCCGCCGGCACGCUGCUUGAGGCCUUCGGUAACGCCGCCACAGCGCGCAACCACAACGCCAGCAGAUUUGGCAAGUUACUGGAAAUUGAGUUCGACUUCAAAGGAGAGCCUGUGGGUGGACAUAUAACUCAUUGGUUACAGGAGCGCGUGUGUGGCGUACUGGAGGGCGAGCGCAACUUCCACGUGCUGUACCAGCUGCUGGCAGGCGCCGACGUGCAGCUGCUCAAGCGGCUGCGGCUGCAGCGCUGCUGGGAGCACUACCGCAUCCUGCGCGGCGAGGAGGCGCCGCCGGCGGCAGGAGCGUCACCGCGCCGCGCGCCCCCCGCGCGCGCUGCUGCGCAGGACCGCGACCACUUCGCUUUCACCACGGCGGCGAUGCGCGCGCUGGGGUUCGGCGGCGGCGCGUGCGACGCGGUGCUGCGCCUGCUGGCCUUCAUGCUGAAGCUGGGCAACGUGGAGUUCGAGCCCGUGCACAACAUCGACGGCAGCAUCGGCACGCGCCUGCAGCAGCAGUACGAGCUGCUGGAGGCGUGCGCGCUGGUGGGCGCGGACGCGGCCGCGCUGGCCGCCGCGCUCGCCGACGCCGGCGCCGCCGAGCCCGCCGCGGACCUCGACACCGGUCAGUCACUCAAACCACUUAAUAUGACACAUGAAAGCGUCGAUUGCUUCUUCAUCGCACUGGAACCUUUGACCACGUUAGGGCUUUGGUCAGGUCUGUAUGGAGGAUGCUUUCUACUUUUGCUUUUUGAAAUUGAUUUUUUUUUUGAAAUUGCCCGAGAAAUGUGGAAACGACAGAACUUAAAAGCAGGCCUCGUAGGUGUUGUUUGGGUAAAUCUGUUGGAUGUGUGGGGGUUGUGCGCAGAGAGCUCGGAGGGGUCGGAGGCGGGCGCGGAGGCGGGCGCGGCGCCGGGCGGCGAGUGGGCGGCCGCGCUGCGCGACCAGCUGCUGUGCGUGCUGUACUCGCGCCUCUUCACCUGGCUCAUCAACGCCGUCAACGACUACAUCAAGCCGGUAGAGGCGGGCAAGCGGUGCUCGCUAGGCAUCCUGGACGUGUACGGGUUCGAGUCUCUGGCUCGCAAUGGGCUGGAGCGACUGUUAAUUAACUACGCGGCGGAGCGUGUGCAGGCCGCCGUGACCGGGGCCACGCUGAGGCGCGAGCAGGACGAGUACGCGCGCGAGGGCCUCGCCUGGCGCGCGCUGCACUACCACGACCACGAGCUGCACGCCGACCUGCUGGACGCGGGCCCGGACAGCGUGUUGGGCGUGCUGCGCGACUGCUCGGCGCGCGGCGCCAGCGACGCCAGCUUCCUGCAGCGUCUGCAGCGCCGCCGCCACCCGCGCCUGCUCGUGCUGCCGCCUGACCACUUCCAGGUGGUGCACUUCGGCGGUGGCGUGGUGUACAGCGCGCGCGGCAUCGUGGCCAAGAACCGCGACGCCGUGUGGGCGCGCGGGGCCGCCGUGCUGGGCGCGGCGCGGGAGCCGCUGCUGCGCGCGCUGUUCCCCGGGGGCGCGGGGGGCGCGGGCGCGGGCGGGGGCGCGGGCUGCGGCUCGCCGCGCCGGCCCGCCGCGCUCGCCUGCCGCCAGCGCGCGCUCGUGGCCGCGCUGGUGCGGCGCCUGCCCGCCUCGCCGCGCCUCGUGCGCUGUCUGCGCAACGACGCCGCGCUGCGUCCGCAUCGGUUCGACGCCGCGCUGCUGCGCCAUCAGAUCCGCACGCAGGGAAUCAUGGACAUGGCGCUGCUGCGGCGUAGCGGGUGGUGCGAGUCCAUGUGCGCGCGAGCCCUGGUGGCGCGCUACGGGCUGCUGGGGACGGGCGGCGGGGGCGCGGGCGGCGCGUCGCCCUGCCCGUCGCCCGCGCCGCGCUCGGACGAGCCGGUGCGGGCCGCGCGCGCGCUGCUGCGCUCGCUGCCCAUCCCCAGCGCGGAGUUCGCGUACGGGCGCAGCCGCGUGUUCGUGCGCAGCCCGCGCACGGUGUGGGAGCUGGAGGCGCUGCGCGCGGCGCGCGUGCGGGCGCUGGUGGUGGUGGCGCAGCGCGCGUGGCGGCGGCACCGGGCGCGGGUGCGCGCGCGCGCGGCGGGCGUGCUGGCGCGCGCGUGCGCGCGGCGGCGCUACCUGCUGCGGCUGUGGCGGCGGCUGCCGGCGCGCCAGCUGUCGCCGGCGUGCGGCGCGUGGCCGGCGUGUCCGGCGCCGCGCCUGCUGGGCCGCGCGGACGCUCUGCUGCGCCGCCUGCAUCACGCCUGGCGCUGUCGCCUCUACCGCGCCGCCUUCGACCAGACGGCGCGCAACCGCAUGCGCGAAAAGGUGACGGCCAGCGUGCUGUUCAAGGAGCGCAAGCUGAACUACGCGGCGAGCGUGGCGCACCCGUUCGUGGGGGACUACGUGCGGCUGCGCGCGUCGGCGGCGUGGCGGCGCGGGCUGGGCGCGGCCGGCGACCGCUACGUGGUGUUCGCGGACGUGGUGGGCAAGGUGGCGCGCUCGUCCGGGCGCGUGGCGCGCUGCCUGGCCGUGCUGUCCACGGGCGCGCUGCUGCUGCUGGAGGCGCGCUCGCUGCGCCUCAAGCGCCGCGUGCCCGCGCACGCCGUGUACCGCCUGUCGCUGUCGCCCUUCGCCGACGACCUGCUCGUCGUGCACGUGCGCGCCGCGCCCGACGCGCCCGGCGAGUCCGCGCCCGCGCACGACGCGCCCGACGCGCACGACGCGCCCGGCUGCCUGUUCGGCGGGGAGGCCGCCUGGCGCCGCCGCGGCGACGUGGUCGUGCGCACCUGCCACGUGCUGGAGCUCGCCACCAAGCUGUUCCUCGUCGUGCAGAACGCCGUGGGCGCGCCGCCGCACGUCAACAUCGCCACCGAGUUCGAGGCCAACUUCGGGCAGCAGCUGGUGACGCUGUCGUUCCACGCGCUGGGCGGCGGCGAGGCGGGCGCGCGCCUGCUGCGGCGCGGCAGCCGCAUGGACGUGCUGGUGUAGGUGGUGUCGGCGCUCUGCCGCCUCGUCUUAUGAUAGUGUAAGUGUGCGCCGGCUCGCCCGCCUCACUGCUGCACGCUCGCCGAUGACACUCGAAAUCGUUUGCGUAAGGAAAAUCAAAAACACACAAUAUUGUUUAAGUAUGAUUUGAAUCAAGGUCCUGCAGUCUAAUUACACAGGUUAGCUGGCAAAUCAGUCGCUGUGCAUACGUUGAGGUCCUGUGUGUGUCUCUGUGCGUGUCUGUAUGUGUGUGCCAGCUGGCGGGCGGGGCUCGUCGCCUCCCUCUGUAGAUAUAAGAUGUCGUUGCGCAACGUGUCAAGUGCCAACUUAAGUUAUUUAAGUCUGUGAGAUCUCUUUGCUUCACUAAGUUAAGAUUUUCCAAGUUGUAAGUAAUAGUUAAGUCCCGAGCACGGAGCUCCGUGUUGCGUUGAGCGCACUUACUGUGGCGAGUUCUCGUGGCCAAAUCGUUCAUUUAAAAAUAUCGUUAUUGUAUUAAAUGUACCUUAAAGCUGACAAUUCGACGUUUCCGAUGUGUUCACAAAAAGGAACAAUUCGAUAUUUUUUGUGGUUAGUUAUACUUAGGGCCUCCGCUCCCCGUCAACUAAACAGUUCAGUUGUCGUCGCCCAUCGACCAAGUGUUUAGUACCAAGUGUCACAGAACUAAGGCUUACGCUACAGUGCACCUGUUUUUUCUUGUAAGUGGUAAACAGCAAACCGCCGUCAUUUUAGUACAAUCAACAGAGUUGAUGAAAAGGUUGGAACAGUUUCGUUCAUGACAAAUACCUUGAUUUUAGAAAACAUCUCAAAAUUUCUUUGAACUUCCGUCAUCAGAUAACAGAAGCCAAUUUCAGAAUGCAUCUUUCAGCAUAUCGAUGUGUCCAAUAAUGCCAGCGUUAGCUACGUCUACCAUGAGUGCAGCCGCGUCCAUUUCUUUACUCACAUUAUCCGGCGGUUAAAAGCCGCAAUAGUUUCCAAUCAAAUUAAAUCGUUUAUUUAUUUAUUUUCUGACAGGAAAUUAAUUAAGAAUAUGUUUUCCUUUAAGUCUGUUCGUAUGCUGGUAUCGAGAUAGUGUUUUCUUCUAUUCUCGUAAAAUAUCUAAGAAUUUCGAUAUGUUAUUUACAUAACAUCCAUGUUAUUGAAGUGAUAUCAACGUUCAAUAAGUAUCACCGCUACGUCAUAGUACCAAAAGAAAUCCUUUUAGUCGAUAGUUGCACCACAAUUAGUCGGUGCCCCGAGCAUGGAUCGUCGUGAAAAGUCGUAAUACUAAUUUUAUAUUUCUUUACGAUACGACCUCGGUUUCAGUUCAACUGCUACAACUAGCAACAAAAAUAGGGACUCAUUGACGUUCUAACAAUUUAAUAAUGUUCUCUUCAAUUUGCAACAUUACAUAGGCCAAAAGUACUCGGGAUGAAGAAUGUGAAAGAUAUAUAAUUAUGAUAUAAUAAGACGGUACGCUAGACGGUUUUUGACAUAUGUAUCUGAUAUGUGUCCAAAUGCAUCUAUUAAUUUGCGUUAAUUAUAUCAAAAACACCCAGACGUCAAUAGAACAAUGCCUACUGAUACUAAACUGUUGUCAGUGAGCGAAGGCCCUUAAAGGCGUAACCGCACGCAAUCGCUCGUCGCUCGUUUACAGCGACAAACCCAAUCACGUGACCCCAUUUUUUAAAUUUCCCGCGACUCGAAAAGUCCUAUAGCGAUACCUGGCGCGGCUUCACGGAGUCGCUCGUCGCUCGUUGGCAGCGACAAAUAUGAUCAUGUGACCCCAUUUUAAAUUUCCCGUGAACCGAAAAGUCGCUGUUUCAUGGAGCCGCUCGUCGCUCGUUUGCAGCGACAAUCUGGUCGAGCGACCCCAUUUUAAAUUUCCCGAAAAACAAGAAAAUUAUAUCUUUAAUCUAAUUGUGAACUGGCUAUUAUGUAGAAACAAGUGUGAUUAAAAGUUACAAAGGUACAUUUUAAACUCCAUAAAACUGUACAAUAAGGAAACAAAAUUAUGGUUUAAACGUACAUUGUGUCCAUACUUUACUAAUAUUUAUGCAAUGUUUUAAAGUAUUUACCUUGCCCGAUUCUAUUAUUUACGGGAAUUAAUUUAGAGACCGUUUGCAGCACCACUUUUAUUUAUUAUUUUAAAUCGACUUGUCUCGAAUGCUUAAUUUUUUCUUUUCUUUUCUCUAUUCUAUAGUGUAUUAGUUACCCAUGUUCUUUUUUUUCGUCAGCGACAAAGCUCAACAUUUAUCUUUUUUUAUAUAGCUCAACAUUAUCACUACAUAUCACAUGACCAGAGUUGCUGUAAACGAGCGACUGCAAAGGCCGUAGCUCAACGUUUUUAGCUUUGUCGCUACCUUUCCUGCGACCAUAUAUUGUCGCUUUUUCGACCCGCGGGAAAUUUAAAAAUGGGGUCACGUGAUCAGAUCGCGAGCAACGAGCGACCAUGAGGUUACGCCUUUACAGUCGUCAAAAUUGUGUCGGCUUGCCAAGACCACAUGAGAGGUAGAACACAGCUGACAAUUAAACUGAAGAGGUUUGACAGGCUAUCAAAUUGUACAUUGAGUCUCGUUGUAUCGUUAUUAAUUCGAUUUAAAAUUUAAAUAUAAUUUCCUGGUCGCUUUGAUAAUAUUAUUCGAGCUAAUAUUAUUUCCAUAUAUGUGUGUUUCCAAUUGGAGUUGAUUCUGUUGUUUUCUGGCACGCCUUUGCAAGUUUAAAAGUAAGCACUGAAUUGAAAAACAGAUUUGAGCUUUAGAUUUUGCCAUGUUUGUCUCGUCGAAUUGUCGGCUUUACUUUAUAAGGCCAAAUGUGAACUUUGAUAAUAUUGAAUAGGGAAGACGCCUUGGUAUAAAAGUAGUCCGUCACAUAGAUAUUAAAUGAAUAUUACGUACGGCACUAUUUUUGCCUUAUCUGAAUAAUGAAAAAGCGAAGUUCCAUUCACGGUAAUUUGAUCAUUUUACAUGACACGGUAAAAACAAUUAAAAGGUAUUCUUCGGAUGUCAAUCAAUUUAAAAAAGUUAGGUACCUUUUUUAAUCAUGCAUAAUUAUUACAGAUAGGGGCAGAUAUUGAAAAACAAAAUGUCAUCGUCCCUAUUAUUCACGAGGACAGUUAAUUUGUAUAGUAAAGAAUUAUAUUUUGUUGAAGGUUGUAUUUGAACUAACCAAACUUAUUAAACACGUCCCGAAUUCCAAUUUAAGUUACCAUGUACGUAUGUUCAAGUGUUGCAAUAUUUUUAUAAAUUUCGAAGAACUAAUGGCUGACCGCAAUGCACAAGUCGAGUGAAGUAUAACAUAAUUACUGCGCGUCUAGAAGUAUAACAUCCUUUGUAAACACUUUACCAAUUGGUCACAAGUUUAGCAUAUCAUGAAUUCACCGAGCGUCUAGUCUUGAACUCUGGUUAUUAUAUAUGAGUGAUCUAGCCAUUCAGGCCACCCUGUUAUAGCGAACAACGCGUACGCGUAUUUAUUUCCAAUGCUCGUUUUACAGUUCUUGUACAAAAAUGAGAUACGCAACCAAAAGCUAAUAUUCAGAACGGUAAAGUAAUGUGAGCGAGCGCGCGGCGGGCGGCUCCGGCUUCACAAGACGGUACCGCAAUAACUAAACUGUUCUAGUACGGGGUGGGCCUGUAGCGUUUGACAAUAAUGCCCUACCGCCAAUAGGCUGGAUGCUGUACCCCCGUGCCUUAGCGCCGCCGCCCGCCGCCGCCCGCCGCCGCCGCGUCUCUCGUGUUCACCUGUACACUAGAUUAACUGUAUACUAUUAGUAUAAAUGCUUUAAUUAAUGGUACUGUGUGUGUGCUACGUAAAGUAACAUCUACGAACGAUGUUGUUCGAGUGAUAGUUUAUAAGAAAAAGCAAGUAAGUAGAUAAAUAAUGGUAGAUCUUCGCGUUCCAAAUAGUAGGUAUUAUAAUUGAAAUAGUAAUAUUUAGCAAGUAAGGAGUAAGUAGUAGAGCGUGCCGGCAGGCUGCAGACUGUUGUAAUACUCUACAAAGUAUAUUGCUGUUAAAGCCGUUUGUGAAGCACGGUGCUGCUCAUGUACAAACUGACGAUUUCUGUUGAAUAAAUUGUAAUGUUAUGUUUUUCGACUAAAGUACUUGUGCAAAGGUUUUAUCGUUUUUAAUAAAAAAAACAAAUGUAA